UUCGAUAAAAAUAUUGCAUCAAUCACAAACGGAAGGAGAAAAUAUCAGAGAAUCGAAAGUUGUUGUAGGUAAAGAAAAAACUGGACUUGAAAAGAAUCCAACAAACUUAUGAACAUUCUCAUUACGUUUCAAACCGUGGGAGCAUUGGUAUCUCGUAGCAGUGUACGUGCACCUUUGUGACAGUGUAUGAAUUCUUUUAACGAAAUAUUUUUACAAUGGAUAAAAAACCUUUUACCUUUACUACUAUCGAGAGUGAUAUAGGGGAAAAAUUGGAUAAAAUGUUUGGGGUGAGACCUAGUUUUUUAAAAGUAGAAAAGAAUGCAACGCAUUGUUUAUUACCGCCUCAAUUCGUUUUCUAUGGAAUGAAAAUCAGAGAUAUGGAAGUUUAUGAGGAUGAUGUGUGGAUGGUCUCAUAUCCACGAACUGGUAGUCAUUGGGCGCAAGAAAUGGUAUGGUGUAUCGGAAAUAACUUUGAUUAUAAAAAUGCCGAAAUUUUAACAAUUAUACGUAAUCCGUUGCUCGAAGCAUCGGCGUUGAUGGUCACAGGGAAUUGGGUAGAUUUAUUUGCGAAGAUGGGCGAUUCUGUUGAAAAUGUUAUGAAAAUGCCACGACCUAGAUAUAUAAAGUCUCAUCUCCCUUUUGAAUUUUUACCGCAACAAAUUCAUACAAAAAAACCAAAAAUUAUUUAUGUUACCAGGAAUCCAAAAGAUACAUGUGUUAGCUUUUAUCAUUAUUGUAAAAAAUUUCAUAGCAUGACGGGAAGCUUCGAGGAUUUUGCUGAGUUAUUUUUAGAAGACAGUGUACCGAUAAGUCCAUUUUGGAAUCACGUUUUACAAUUUUGGGAAAUGAAAGACCAAGAAAAUGUAUUAUUUUUAACUUAUGAGGAAAUGAAAAAGAAUCAAAGAGAAAUUAUUAGAAGGACAGCAAACUUUAUGGGAAAAACUGUGACAGACGAACAAAUUGCUGGUCUUAGCGAGCAUUUAAAAUUUUCAAAGAUGGCUGCUAAUCCCGCCACAAAUUUGGAACAGAUUUUACCAUUGAAAGAUUUGCCCGAAAAUGAGAAAUUUAUAAGAAAGGGCAAAAUAGGCGAUUGGAAAAAUUACAUGUCCGAGAAAUUAUCUCAAAGAUUUGAUGAAUGGACCGAAAAGCAUUUAAGUAAUAGUAAUCUCGAAUUUAAUAAGACACUGAUUUCAUAUAACGAGGAAUGAAAAUUAUCUAUUAAAAUAUAUAUAUUUUAUGUUGAGAUACAAAAAAAAAAAAUAAUAAAAAAAAUAAAACAAUAUAUGUAUGAUAUUUUUCUUAUAUCUUUUAAUGAUCUUUUUUUUUACUCACUACGUCGUUAUUCUUGUGUUAAUGUAAGUACAUUAGUUAUGCUCACAAAAAAUUGUAUGUAUAUUAUUAUCGAUCAAAUAUGUACAGAAACAAGAUGUACAUUUCUAUGUACAUUUAAUAUAGUAAAUUAGUAUCACUUACAUGUUAAUUAAAAUAUUCCAUGCCAUA